CUUGAUCAUUCGUAUUAUUUUGGACAGAGGACAACUUCCUCCUCCCCUUCCGUAUCCCGCGUCUACCACGCCCACGCGGGUGCACACACCCUGAACUGCUACGCGAAGACACACUGUCACGCGCACACGGGGACUCGGACACAGACUGAGCAGACUUGACAUUCUCACGUGACUCAGCAACACUAGGACAGGACGUUGUUAAAGCCGGACACGGAGGCUCGGCGCAAGCCGAGGGGACAUUAUUGCUACUCAGAUUCCGCUUCCGGGAGGGAGGACGGGGACACACAGGCUCAACACCAUCGUCAUCAGCCUGCAAGGAAGGGACACGAAGAUCAGACACGCUAGAGAGGCCGUACAACGCACGCUCCGUACCGUGAGGACGGGCGCGGACUCUAGGCACUACAUAGUUACCAUGACGGACAGGGACACGGGGGACAAGAAAGUCGGGGGUAGAGACAGACACAGCUACGGACGUGGAGAGUUUCCUCUUCACGCCUCUACUGGCAACACCAGAACAAUUCCCUACUACUACAGGCGCAGCAGCAGCAGGGCACCCCUAGUUGUUGGAGGUGGACGAAUUCUUGGCGCGCUUGCCUCCGCCUCCGCCGCCGGAGCCGCCCCCGCUGCUGCCUCCGUUGCCGGAGUCCUCGUCCCGCUCGUCCCGCUGGCGCUGGAAGCACGUCUCGAAUGUGUGUCCGAGGGGCUUCUUGCACUUCGAGUAGGUACAGCGGGGCCGGGGAGCGGCGGGGGUUUUGCCCUUGCUGCGGCGGUUGCGGUUGGAGUUGCCUCCUCCGCGGCCGCCGGAACCAGAGCGACCCCCAGAGCCCGACCCACCACCAGAGCCAGAACCGGAGCCCGAGUCGGAUCGACGCGCGGGGACAAUGCCGGCGGCGUUCCGGAGCUGGAUCGCGUUGUACUGCUGGGCGAUAGCGCACCCUGCAUGGUUUUAGGGUGCUGCUCCUAA